AUGGAAAAACGCAUACCAGGAGACUUAGGGGCAAGCUGUGCGGGUCGAGGGAAAGUCUAUACGACAGUGAAAAAACUCGGCGAGGAAGAAGUCCAACUUUUACUUCGCCGAUUAAUUUCCUCGUCAUCUCCAUUUUCUCUCACCUCCAUUGACUGCUCCUGUCUACGACAGCGGCACCCAACGGAUCGUUUCGAUUCAUUUCUGUGUGAUUUCAGGAACUAUUCUUUGAAAAAAGUCCACAAAGUGAUCCUUAAGCCAGACCCCAAGAAAGGCGAUCGUUUCUUGCUGAACCUCGAACUCGGUUUACAUAACACCAAUCAAUCAUUUCGACUUUCAGAACACGUGUAUCAGAAUAAGGCAAAUGACUCUUUGUGUCUUCCUGAGGGAAUGGACUGGAAUAACAACGCUACGGUGUAUUUCAUUCUCCCUGUCAAGGAUCAAGGAAACUGGGUACAUUAUUUUAUUAAUCAGCUGACUGAUGCCAGCUUAUUAACCGGUGAUACGAACUUUCAUGUCAUAAUUGUUGAUUUUGAAAGUAAAGAUAUUGAUAUGGGCAAGGCGUUUAACACAUCUCUUCUCAGCAGUAGACAUACUAUUGUUUCAUUAACGGGUAAAUUCUAUAAGACUCUCGCUCUAAACAAGGCCGUUGAACAAGUUCCAAGUGCGCAUGACAUAGUGUUCCUGUUUGAUCUGCAUAUUGAUGUUCCCGCAGACAUUAUGGACAGUGUUCGAAUGAACACCAUUGCAGGUCGCAUGGUUUAUUUCCCUGUAGUGGGCCGUUUGGCCUGUGAUAGCUAUUCCACGGAACAUCGAGGCUUUCGGCAAUUAGAUGGCUAUGGAAUUCUGUCGAUUUAUAAAGCAGACUGGGACAGAUUUGGUGGAAUGAAUACAAAAGACUUCCAACACAAGUGGGGCGGGGAAGACUGGGAUCUACUAGACCGCGUACUUAUGUUACCGAUAGAGGUGGAACGAAUCAGACAUCCGGGACUUUAUCAUCAUCAUCACUCCAAGCAAAAAAUGUGGAAUUAGAGUGUGAUAAUCUUGGAUACUGAAGAAGACGUUGACAACGCGAUUCACAGCUUCAUCCCGUGAUACUGCAGAUUCUAAGUAUCGUGUUUGCUUUGGCCUAGUUUGGCAUACACUACGCCUUCACUACAUGAAAAAACGACAACUUUAAAGUUCAAAAGCCAAGGCAACUAUAGUGAUCCAUUGUGUGGUACACUGCCUUCACUAAAACGGCAUGCAACCAAAAGACUUUGGAAAAUGAUGGCACCAUGCAUGGUCCCAUGAAGCAUUUUGCUCUAACGAGACGCAGUUCCUGCACUGCUGAAAUCUAGUGUAAUUUAUAAAAUAGCUGAGAUACUACGCGCGCUCUCAUUGGUCGAUAGGUGUGUUUAGAUGAGAGUA